AUGCCUCAAUUGGAUACUCUCAUUUCUCACCUCGUUGCCGCAAAGAGGUCCCUGUCCUCCAUCAAUCAUGUCGCGCGGGCUAAUGAAAUCGUCACCUCCGCCCGCUCAGCCCUGGAAGAGAGUGUGGUGGUUUCUGCCCGAACGGGUUUCCUGCGUCGUGGAUUAAAUAACCAGUUGCGGCUUUUAUACAAUGUUCGUACGGAGGUGGAGGAGAUAUCCCUGCGCGGUCGGACGGAAUUCGCCAGUGUGCUCAAGAGCUUGGAUGCCGCCGAUGUAAGAUUACGGAAGACCCUGGAUCUGUUACGAGAGACUAUUGUCCAUGCGUCGUUUCGACCAGAGGGGGAAGAACCCAGGAGUCUUCGUGAUUUCGUAGACGAGCGCGGGGUCGAAGAGCUUAAUGCCGCGUUGAAAAGUUCCAUCGAUACAACCAAUACCGCACAGGCGGAAUUGGAUUCCUCCAACGCCGCAUUCGACAAUGAGCUGGGGUCCAUCAAGCAAGCAUUGGGCCAUUAUCGGGCUGCCACCAAGAUGGCAUCCUCACGGUCCUCUCCAUCGGCCUCUGCAUCAUCCUCCGACUCCAACUCCAGUCUACCAUCGCCCUCAUCAUUACCACCAAUGCUGUAUUCAUUAGAAAUGCAUGCGCAGGAAAUGGCCAACUUGCUCGAAUCCUUGGUGGAGCACUUCGACCUCUGCGUCAUGGCCGUCAAGCAUACAGAGGGUGGUGGGGCCGCUGCACAAUCCAUCACCGGCGACAUGCCAACUGGAGUUCCUGUCCGAGAGGGUCUUAAUGCCAACCUAAAUGUACCAAUGGAUCCUUUGAGCGAGUCGCAUUAUCGCGAGAUGGUGAAUGUGCUAAUCAAAGAUGCAGCCGAGGCGGAAGACGUGGUUAUGGAGAUCCAAGACCGAAUUGGAGAUAUGGAAUCCGUUCUGGAGAACCUUCUCACCCAACGCGAUGUUUUGCUGGCAGUCUAUCAAGCCACGACUAACGUCUACGAGCAUCUGUCCUCUCUUGCCUCGUCUCGUCUACCAAGCUACAUAGCCCAAGCACACAACUUCACGCACGUAUGGAAUGACGAGAACGAACGCAUCAACGGCGGCCUAGCUGACCUGUCCGACCUCCACUCCCUCUACGAUGGGUUCCUAGACGCCUACGACGGACUCCUCCUAGAAGUCGCCCGUCGGAAACACGUCCGAGCGCGCGUCGAAAAAGUCCUCCGGGAAACCCAACACAAGCUCGACCAUCUCUACGAAGAAGACGUCAACGCACGUGAAACCUUCCGCGUAGAGCAAGGCGACUAUCUUCCGUCAGACAUAUGGCCUGGCCUAAGCCGCGAGCCCAUGCAUGUUGAAUUCCGACGCAUUUCCGGUGGGAAUCUCAAGGAUGCUUUUCACGACCAGGAGGGGGUUGGCACGGACGAGACUAAGGAAGGAGCGCAGUCUGCGUCGGGAGAUGAUGCAGAUGGGGAAGUUAUCCCUAACAUCCCGCGACCAGUCGUUGAACAGGCUCUUGUGCGGCUUAAGGCGAGAGCGAAGCAUAUCCCUUCGUCCGUAUGA